GCAGCUUCCCGCAACUCAGCCGGGAGCAUCGUUUGGAAUGGCGCUCGCUAGGGUUUCGUCUUCUUCCCUCCUCCUCCUCCUCCCCUCCUCCACCACCACCUCCUCCCUGCUCCAUUCCUUCCUGCGCCCCUUCUCUACCUCCUCUGUGUCGACUCGUCGCCUCUCUCACCCAAGAAGCCUCCCCAUCGAUGCCAGUAUUUCCCAAGCUUCUCCUCUCCCUCCUACUGCGAGGGAGGAGGGGGAGGUGGCGGGAGCCCCGAGGCCCACCUCCAGGCGGCCGUGGAAGCCCACGUGCUUGUACUACACCCAGGGAAAAUGCACCAUGAUGGAUGAUGCUUUGCAUGUUGAAAAAUUCAAUCAUAAUUUGUCGAUGGAUCUACCAGUGAAUGCUUCAGCUGCAGAUAAAGUGAAGCCUCAGAAACUGGAUUAUUUUUUAGUUCUUGAUUUGGAGGGAAAGGUUGAAAUUCUUGAAUUUCCGGUUGUAAUGAUUGAUGCCCAUAGCAUGGAGUUCAUCGAUUCAUUUCACAGAUUUGUACGCCCAACUGGAAUGAGUGAGCAACGAAUAAAAGAAUAUAUAGAGGGGAAAUAUGGAAAAUUUGGAGUUGACCGUGUAUGGCAUGACACUGCUAUCCCUUUCGAGGAAGUUCUUCAAGAGUUUGAAGACUGGAUUGGAGGUCACAAAUUGUGGAAACAGAAACAAGGAGAAUCCCUCAACAGUUCUGCAUUUGUUACAUGUGGUAAUUGGGAUUUGAAGACGAAGGUUCCUGAGCAGUGUAAGGUUUCAAAAAUAAAAUUGCCAUCUUACUUUAUGGAGUGGAUCAAUUUGAAGGAUAUCUACCUCAACUUCUACAAUAGAAGAGCAACUGGAAUGAUGACAAUGAUGAGGGAGCUUCAAAUCCCAAUUGUUGGAAGCCACCAUCUCGGCAUGGAUGACACGAAAAACAUUACAAGAGUUGUUCAGCGCAUGCUUGCUGAUGGUGCUGUGAUACAAAUCACCACAAGGAGGCAGCCGGAUACGAACGACGUGAAAUUCCUUUUCAAGAACAGAAUCAGGUAACGGGAUAUCGUUGUGUGUGGAUUUUACUCGUGCAGCUAGAAGAUGAGAAGACAGCUAGAAGAUGAGAAGACGCACUCCAGCGAAAAAGCAUGGGAGUUACUGGGUCCAAUCUAGCUACCUUUUGAAAAACCUAGUUGACAUUGGCGUAAACAUCCUGUUUUUUAGACUGAAAAAGCAACGGCGUGCGAUGCAUGGAGCUGCCUGUGAAGGGAGGGACCAAAUGGCAAGUAGCACCUAUCGUGUGCGAUAUCACCGUAGUGCCGUGUAUCCUCCGUAGUCAGGCAAAGUACACAUUGAGCAGUGUGUGGUAGUCACGAAAGUCUCGACGUGGCCUUCGCACCGGCUGAUGCUUUGAUAGCACCCAUGUGAAGAUGCACAGUUGCUGUGUACUCCUUGGAUGGGGCGUGAAAUGAAUGGCGAACACAUGUGUAUUUAUGUUAUUGUACUGUAUUUAGGAGAGAUAUGGUUCAGAGACUACCAAAUGAUUCACAAAGGCAAUGUGUUUUACAGAGGGCA